CUCUCUCGGAACCUCAAGCCUCUUUUCUGAACCUGUUUCUUUUGUCUCGUCUUGCUCAAAUCAAUCUCGAUGUCGGUCGAGGCCACCCAACCAAGAGCUGACAUGAUGUUGUCCAACUAGAGGCUGAGCUGCAGCGUUACAGAUCGAGGGCCGUGGAUAUAACCUAUUCUUGACUCGACCCGACUCGGCUGCAAUUGUCAUUGUCAGCUCCAGAACUCGCAUAGGACGAAACACGCAAGCCGUCCGAGCGCCCUCCUCGUGGAUACGAUGCGAUGCUGAUGCUGUAUCAUCGGAGUCGGCAUGUUGUAGAAUGGAGACCGACGCGCUCCAUGACUUACACCCAACACAAUACGAUGCGAUACGAAAUGGCUGCAUCAUGAUUUCCCCAUGCCGUCAUCUCAUCAUGUUGAAUAGCAAUGCUCCACCAAGACCGAAAGCAGCCCGCAUAGCACAACAUAACCCAAAGCACCUACCACCUCUACCAGAGCGUUUCAAAUGGGAUCCAUCACUCAACGUACGAUACCCAUAGAUACCUAUGGUACAUCGGGCUAGCUCAGGUAACCUAAAGGGUUAGCUGGCUAGGUAGGCUGGCAACUUUAGUACUAACUACCUUCUUUGGAGAGAGCGAAAGCUCCAAAUCCGCAAGGUACCCAGGCAUUCUAUUCAUACAAUGGCAGUAUUAUAUUACUCAAAUCAAGGUAUUCUGAUACUUGUUAAAUUCAA